GAUCUGCCAACCACAUGCACAGGACCCUGAGAGGCUGCUCGGGCCUUGAAAUGAUCCUUCUUACAAGGAUUUUCCUUCUUCCUCAAGGGAAAGAAAACCCACUGAUAUAAAACCCCACUUGCCUUCCGGCUUCCCCUGCUAACUGCCACUCCAACAGAGACGGAGUGUGGGCAAAUACAGGAGAAAGAAAAAAUCCCAAUGCACGCCGAGCCACCUCGGGCAGUCUACUUGCUCACCAUCAAGGGACACAAGUGCAGCAGAUGCUGACUCAGCCCAUGCCAUUAAGAGUUACAAAGCAAGAAGAAAUUUGGAAGCUAUGCGUAGGGCGCGCAGGCCUCCACCAGGGCAGCACAGGCACUGUGACAGAUGCUUCAACCGUCACUGCCACAUGCCUGUGGAGCCUGGUGUCUCCUGCCUGGUGAUAAACUGCCACCUGUCCUGCGGCGCUACCUUCCACAUGUGCAAAGAGGCAGAGCACGAGCUCCUGUGCCCUUUAGAGCAGGUUCCGUGCCUCAACUCCGAAUCUGGCUGCCCCCUUUCCAUUUCCCGCCACAAGCUGGCCAAGCACCUGCAAGCGUGCCCCGCCAGCGUGGUCUGCUGCUCGAUGGAGUGGAACCGCUGGCCAAACGUGGACUCUGAAACAGCCCUUCACGAGAACAUCAUGAAAGAGACCCCCAAUGAGGAGUGCUUGGACACAGCCCUGGCCCUCCAAGACCAGAAGGUCCUCUUUAGAUCUCUGAAAAUGGUAGAACUUUUCCCAGAAGCUAGAGAACCCAUGGAAGAGGAACCUACCAUGAAUGGUGAAGCCAGCUGGAAGGAAAUGGAAGGAGCGGUGGGCGGGGCAGAUGCUGGUUUGGUAACAAGCGGCUCUCUGUCAACCACCAACGGAGAGGUGGCAGAGCUGAGUCAAGAAGAACGAGAGGUAUUAGCCAAAACCAAAGAAGGGAUGGACCUAGCCAAGUUUGACAAGUGGGAAAAUAUAUUCAGCAAAGAGCACGCGGCCUCUGCUUUAACGAGCCCAUCAGUGAGCAGUGAGGGCACGAGCAGGGACGGCCCAGAGAAAGAACAGAUGUCCAGCAGCAACAACACAGUAGAAGAGAGCGCUGCCAAAGGGAAAGAGACACAGGAAGACCAGAAGCAGCGGGACUUUCAUGCAGCCAUAGAAAAGUCAGGGCUUGCCCCUUGGCAGGAUGGUGUUCUGGAAAGACUGAAAACAGCUGUGGAUGCAAAGGACUAUAAUAUGUACCUGGUGCACAAUGGGAGGAUGCUUAUUCACUUUGGUCAGUUGCCUCCUUGUACACCUAAAGAGAGAGACUUUGUUUAUGGCAAACUUGAGGCUCAGGAAGUGAAGACCGUUUACACCUUCAAAGUUCCCGUGAGCUACUGCGGGAAGCGGGCUCACCUCAGAGACACCUUGUCGAGUUGUAGGCCAAGUGAACACAAAGCAGUAGAUACUUUGGAUUUAGGGAUCACUGUGGAGGACCUGCCCAAAUCAGAUCUCAUCAAGACCACCCUGCUGUGUGCUCUGGAAAGAGAACUCAAAGGUCAUGUCAUCUCUGAAUCCAGGAGCAUUGAUGGGCUGUUCAUGGAUUUUGCUACACAGACAUACAGUUUUGAGCCAGAACAAUUUUCCUCCAGGAUGGUGCUGGCUGACCUUCUAACCACUGCCAACCUGAAUGAGCUCCAUAUGGAGCUCCACAGUGAGUGUGUGACCAGGAGACACAACAAGAGCAGUUCUGCCUUUACUUUCACUUGCAACAAAUUCUUCAGGAGGGAUGAAUUCCCCCUACAUUUCAAGAAUGUCCACACAGACAUUCAGUCAUGUCUCAAUGGUUGGUUCCAGCACCGAUGCCCCCUUGCCUACUUGGGAUGUACCUUUAUUCAAAACCAUUUCUGUCCCCCAGGGCAAAAGGCAAAAGUAAUCUAUAGUCAGGAGCUCAAGACCUUUGCCAUCAAGCCGGAGGUUGCUUCAGAGCUGAGUGAGGGAGGGAACAGCCAUCUCUCAGGCCGUGAAGGAAAAAGCCAGAAUUCUCUAACCAGCCUGCCCCUGGAGGUUUUGCAGUACGUUGCUGGGUUCUUAGACAGCGUCAGCCUAUCCCAGCUCUCCCAGGUGUCCGUGCUGAUGAGGAAUAUCUGUGCCACUUUGUUACAAGAGAGAGGGAUGGUCCUCCUGCAGUGGAAGAAGAAGAGGUAUUCCCAUGGAGGCACCUCGUGGAGAGUUCACAGAAAGAUCUGGCAAUUCAGCAGCCUCUUCUCCAAAAUCAAGAGCUGGGAGUUUAAUGAAGUUGCCUCCAUGUCUGAGCACCUGAAGUCCUGUCCUUUCAACGUUGUAGAACACAAGACUGACCCGAUUCUUUUGACCAGCAUGUGUCAGCCCCGUGAGCAGGCCUGAGAGACUUUAGCCACCACCUUUAAAGCCAGACCAAGAGGAAGACACACCUACUAAAGGCUCAGAAGCCACCAUUCUUGGAUUCCCACUCAGGGUUACUGAAAGUUCGACAGAGUUUGGUUUUGAGGACUUCCUUCUGUAAACUGCAAAUGUGCUUAUCUGGGUGUUUUGGAACAUGCAAUGUCCUUCAAAACCUGAGCAGCUGCACAAGGUCGAAGAACUUCCUAAGCCAUGGCUUGUAUAACUGCUAUAGUGCCAUACUGAUAACUUAUUCCCCCCCCCCCCACUUUUUUUCUAAAAUAAAUCAGUCUGUGAAGUAUUUUAAAUAGGUGACUUGAGGCCAUUUGGAAGAUGAGUCCAAGUCCUUAGGAGAUGAGAGAGCCGUGAAAUUCCAUAAACAGCACAGGCCUGUGCUUUUGUGGAGAGCUUUUCAGUUUAUAAGCACUUUCAAUGAUAUGGAGUAGGCAUUGUAGGGAUGGGGACUGACAUGCCUCCCAGGGCACCCAGGGUGAAGGGCACAGUUUGAAGUUUCUGGACCUGGGGUUGUCUUGACAGUCAAGUCCAGGGCUUUUUUUAGUUGCCCCACUGCCUCUAAGCCCAGACAGUCCAAACAGCCCGAAAGAAUAGAGACCUAGGCUAAGCACAACAGCCUCGAGGACACCAAAGGCCACAGGAUGAGCGGUGGAAAUGAGGUCCUAGAAUGAGAUUGUUGUGUAGAAUCUUGGCAACAUAUAGAAGGACAGCCUUGGAAAAUGAAGAAGAAUCCAGAGGAGAUAUUAUAUUUAUGGAGAAAAUUAGGACCAAAAGCCAGAGCCUACUUUCAAACAUUUUAAUAGUGAUUUGAGAGUCAAGGUUCUUUUCCUCUGAAGAUUAUAUUCUCUGUCUGGAUUAAGGAGACCACAGGCACAGGCCAGCACCACCCUGGGCUAAGUGAAAUGAUCACGAGACACUAACACCAACUUCAGUGUCAUGUCAGAAUGCACAGGGUAGCCCAAGGAGACCUCGCAUCUGGAAAGGUCCAGACAAGGCCCACUGCAACUCCUGUGGUACCAGUCGCCAGGUCCUAGACAUCACUUGAGUACCCCAUCGGGAAUCUUGAGAAGGAAGACAUCUGAACAUAGUGAUUCCCUAUAAUUGCUCUUACCUAUUGCUGGCCAUGACUGCAUUCUGUCAAAAAUGCGUGACAUUUCUGGGUUUUGGUAACAAAUAGUUAAAACUUAUGAGAACAAAAGUAAAAUAAAAAUACACAAUAGAAACUGGCAUCCCCUAAAGCAGGGUUUCAUGGAACUACUGACAUUUUAGACUGGAUAAUUCUUUGUCAUAAGGGACUGUCCUUUGUGUUGUAGGAUGUUUAGCAACAUCCUUGACCUCUAUCCAAUAGAUACCAGUAGCACCCCUACAGCUAUAACAACCAAAAAUGUCUCCAGACAUUGCUAAAAAUCCUCUGGGAGCAAAAUCACUCCUGGUUGAGAACAACUGCCCUAAAGAAUGACAUGCCAAUGGCAGUAAAUUAGGAUAAGCUUUUUAGUACAGCAAAUUCUUAUCUCACAUAGUUAUCUACAAUGGUCAUGUUUUCAUGCAGCUCUUCUUUCUUUACCAAAUAGGUUUUAGACACAUGAUGAUUUUAAGUUGGGAACCAAAUGGAGCUGGUUUGUUUGGUGUGGCUUCACGUCCUUGGGUCACAGUGCAAAAAGUAUAUCCUGUCAGCUCUCCAGGUAUAGCUGAAGCCAGGAAGGUUGAGCUAUUUAUCUUAACCCUAACCGUAACCCUCACCCUAGCCCUAGCCCUAACCCUAACCCUAUCUCCUUAAUUGAUGCCAUUUUCCUAGCAGUCCUCAGCAAGUGAGAAAGAAGGGAAAAGGAGGAUGGGCAUUGUGGGGAAGCAGAGAACAAAGAAUUUAACCAACAACAACAAAAAAGAGUCUAGUCAAUAUGAAUGUUUGUUAUUGCCUGGGUUUCCCUCUGAACAUGGUCCAGAGCUGGUAUAGAUGAAGUAGAUGACACCCCUGAGAAGAGUCAAGAAGGCAUUAGAGCAAAUCCCAGAGUAGAAGUAUGCUUAUCUUCCAUUAUAAUGUGCUACUUGGUACUAU